AUGUUGCUUUACAAGCAGAAGAAGAACCAAACCGGGAAGGGUAACAGGCUCUUGAUCAGCAUUACCGUGCUUGGCAGCGCAGGUCCGAUCCGAUUUGUGGUUAAUGAGGAACAGCUUGUUGCUGCUGUUAUUGACACUGCCUUGAAAAAUUAUGCGCGUGAGGAUCGCCUUCCGGUUCUUGGCUCUGAUCUCGACAAUUUUGUUCUCUAUUGCCCCAAUUCCGACACUGAAGCUCUGAGUCCUUGGGAGACAAUUGGAUCGGUUGGGGUUCGGAACUUUAUGCUGUUCAAGAAGCCACAAGCACAAAAGGGAAUUGAUGAUGGAAAAUCGGAAUCCACGGCUUGGAAUAGGAAAGGGUCUGGCAGUUGGAAGGCAUGGUUCAAUAAGUCCCGGAAUAUGAAGAUAUAUCCUCAUUGA